UGCGGCAGGAACAGCGGCGGGAAGCGCUGCUGCGCCCGCCGGAAAAGAUCCCGGCGCCCGGAGCCCUCCCCGCUGCCCAGGCCUUUCCGCGCUCGGCCCGCCCGCCGUCCCGCCUCGCCAUGACGGACCGCUACACCAUCCACAGCCAGCUGGAGCACCUGCAGUCCAAGUACAUCGGCACGGGGCACGCCGACACCACCAAGUGGGAGUGGCUGGUGAACCAGCACCGCGACUCGUACUGCUCCUACAUGGGCCACUUCGACCUGCUCAACUACUUCGCCAUCGCCGAGAACGAGAGCAAGGCGCGCGUCCGCUUCAACCUGAUGGAGAAGAUGCUGCAGCCCUGCGGGCCGCCCGCCGACAAGCCCGACGAGUCCUGACCCUCCUCCUCCUCCUCCUCCUCCUGAUCCCGGCCCUCUCUCCGCGCGGUUCCCGCGAAGGACUGACCGGGAGAAACCUCGCAAAAUGCCUGCCUCCGGACUCUCUGACUGUGCAGUCGUUCACCUUUUUUCAAGUGGAAUAUAAUAAAGCUUCCUGGGCAUUCCUGAUGUUUGGUUUGGUAGUUUCCUAUUGCGAGCUUUUUGUUCCCAGAGUGCAAAAAGUUUCAGUGCAACCUUCCGAGGUGAAAGUCUUGGAUACUCCUCGGAUACAGCAUUUUCCCGACCGGGCGGAUUGAUGCUUGCCUACAAAACUCGGUUUUGGGGGGAGAGAGGGGAACUUUGUUGGUACUCAAAGGGUUUGAUUUCUUGGUAGCAGUAGUAUGUGGGGUGGUUUAAAAUUCCAAAAUGUCUUUUCUCUAAACACUAUUUUCUUGCCUCAUUAUUCAUCUUUCCUGUACCUUCGGGGUUUUCAAACAUCGAUUAUUUCUGAUACAAAUUAGCUACUUUCUCCACCCCCCCCCAUGCUUACUAGUAACCUAGCAUUCAAGUUUUUUCUCCCUUACAUCAAAGAUACUAAUAUUGGCUUGUGCUUUGUUAAUAUGGAAUAAGAAUAUAAGGAUUAUUCGCUACUUAGAAGUAAAAUGCUUCAAGGUGACACAGAUCAGAUUGCAUACUGAACAGAUGUUGAUUCUGAUUUUUCACUUAAAAUAGGCUUUCUAUUCACUUAAAGUAAACAUAAAUUUUGGCUUCUAAUAGAUGGAAAGACCUCAACCCAAAACAGUGAGAUAUGCUGCUUGAAGAAAUAAAAUGUUGUAAUUUC